AUGUCGUCACAGCUACCUGAAGGUGACGAUGGUAAUAAUUAUGGUAGUAGAGGUGGUGGAAGUAGUCAUUCUCAUCAUAAUAAUCGUCAACAAGGUGAUGGUAGUGAUAAUAGUAGUGGCAUAUAUGAUGAAAAUUUCUUCCCUAGUCCAACACAUCCACAUCAUAAUAAAGGUGGUUGGCAUCAUAAACAACGACAAGGUGAUAAAUUAGUGGAUCAAGAGUUUUUUAAUGAUUUUCCUGACGAUUUCGAUGAUGAAGAUUUAAAUUAA